GCUGCCAUUUUGCUCAGCAAGGGUUUGAGCAAUGUGAGUGCCGUUGUAUGAGAACCCACCUUGAAUAUGGGCUCCAAGGGCCUGCCAGGGCUCUGACACCUUCCAAAGUCUGAAGUUUAAAAGCUCUUGGCUUUGAUGGAUGGCUGCCAUUGGACUGACGGUCCGGACGCUUCCGAGCGCAAAGGCUUGUUGCAAGUUGAUGUGUGUGGAGAAGAUAGCUCCGAUUCUCAGGAAUGGGAUGCUCAAGCGGAGAGGACUUGGCUUCCGGCCUGCUUCUAUGACGGCGGAGAAAUCUUGUGGACCUCUCAUUCAGUCGGUCCUGCCAUUCCGUGGCUUUGGGCCCUGAAUAUCGCUUUGAUUAUACAUUCUGCACUGUUCUUCAUUCUGGUGCUCCUGGCGAGGUCCUGCACUUCAGGAAGUUCCUAUCCUGCGGCGCCAGUGUGGAUUGUGGUCGUUGCGGUUUCGCUGCUACCCCUUCAGCUUCUUGCAGAGUACCAAUGUCUUUGUGCCGUGCUGGCCACCUUUACCAAAGACAUGAUGCAGUGGCAUCCGACUGGAGCAAGGUUUACAGUCAUGACCGUGCCCGUACCGGUCGGCGUGUGGGUUCUAUACUGUAUGAGCCUCUCAACAUUGUUUUUUGCAGACUUGCUCACAGACAGCAAUUUUUCUGGCACUAUGAGCUUUUCAGGUGCUGAAAUGUGCUCAGAUCAGACUGACAAGAUAUGGGGCUACUGGUGGGAGCACAGCGUGGUCGGAAUGAUUGGUGUGCCACCCGUGCCCUUGGACCACUUGGUCUUCAUUUGCUGGUUAUUGACGUUUCUUCAGCAAGUGGUCCCAUGUGCAACAAUGGUUCGUUCCGACCGGGUGGCCUACGAGAGAUCCAACGACGGCAAGUCCAAAGCUCUUCUGACAGGCCAACAACUCUACAACGACGAUGUGUUCUUUGAGCUUGGGACAGCUGCAGGUUUGCAUUCCAUCACGCUGAUUUCUACCAACUGUCGGUGGUGUCAUGUGAAGAGACUGUGCCAAACCCAACCGUGGAGGGUCAUGGGCUACGCCAAACCUCUAGCUGAGCAGCUCACCAAGAAGUUCUUCCUUUCCUAUUUCCUGGAGCCUGCUGUCCAACUCAAUCUCCAAGCUUGCAUUCUUGCGAUCAACCGCUACCAGGAAGCUUGACAUAUACAUGGAUGGGCUACUUUGCAUUGGUGCCAGCCCUGUCUUUGGGGUUAAGCAUGUUUACUACAGCGCUGAACCUGGCGGAGAUGCGGACCUUCUUCCGCCUUUGGCAAGAGCUGGGAACUAUUGUUGAGAAGGCUAAGCAGCAUCCGGAUAUCCCUAAGGAGGCAGUUCCCAAGCUGGAAGCAGGUUUGAGCCUUUGGUGCCAUCGAGGGAUAUAUGUUGGAGUGAUCUUCCUGGUUGCAGCCGCCACGUUAUUUACAGCUGGUCUUACAAUCUUUGGCGCACACCAGUGCCCUCAUGGACUGAUCACCCUUUUUGGCUGUUUGCACCGGGUGUCAUGAAAUUCCUAGCGAGUGUUUUGUGCCCGGAAAGACGUGGCUAUGCAAAGUAGCUCACCACAAGUAGCUCACCGAGGCAUGAGGCCUGCCGGUGCAACGAUUGUGAGCAAGCUAAAUGCGUCCACAGCA